AAAACAAUAAAAAUGUCUGCGCAACUGGGAACAAGCUGCUGAACGACGAUGACUAAAUCAAAAUUGAAAAUUCAAUUCCAUUUUUCUUUCAUUCUUCCUUUCUGAUUCUAAGUCUGAGAUGGUAGGUCAUCAAAGCCAGCCAGCCAAAUAUGCGUGUGGUAACAGCCAUGUUGAUAAGUGUAAACAUGCUCCUUCCAUUUUCUCUCUAGCUUCCUUCUUUUCAUUUCAUCGCAUCCAUUGCACACCACGUGAUGAACCGAGCAAUUAACAGGGGAAGAAGAAGGAGAAGCGCAUCAUCAUCACCAAAAAACCAAACUACCAGUAGUAGUAACCGUGAUAACCGUACCUAAAACCAAAUCAGUUAGUUAGAGAGAACCCAUAACCGAAAAAGAAAGAGAAAAAGAUGCUGCGGAGCCCGAGGAAAAUUUCCAUGCCCUUUACGAAACUGGGUUGGAAUCUUGAUUGGCGUUUCCUUGUGUUAAUAAUGGCACUACCCCUUUCUUUAUUUUUCAUGUUCGUUUCUUUUCCCAACCCAACCACUUUAACAAACUUUUCCGCCUUUUACCCGGUCCGCCACUUUAUGAGUAUCAGGUUCCCUUUGGGAACCACCACCACCGCCAUAAUGGACGACGAUUCUCCUCCUUCGCCUUCGAAGGAGGAGUUGUUGCGAUCAAGAAUGGCGGUGUGUUUGGUUGGAGGUGCUAGAAGGUUCGAACUCACAGGACCGUCCAUAAUAGAGAUGAUUCUGAAGGAGUACCCGAAUUCCGAUCUGUUCUUGCAUAGUCCGUUGGAUUCAGACACGUACAAGUUCUCGCUGUUGAAUUCCGCGCCUAAAAUCGCCGCCGUUAGAAUCUUCCAGCCUCGGCCAUUGCCCGAGAACGAUUCCUACGUCCGAGUCCUCUCCUCCAUGAACUCGCCUAACGGUGUCCAGGGGCUUCUUCAAUAUUUCAACUUGGUGGAAGGAUGCUUAAAGAUGAUAAAAUCAUAUCAAGAGAAGAACAAUUUCACCUACGAUUGGGUAGUUCGAACAAGAGUUGAUGGGUACUGGAACAAACCCCUUGGCCCUGAAAACUUUGUAAGAGGCAAGUACCUCGUUCCAGUUGGAUCCUCGUACGGCGGCCUCAACGACCGUUUCGGCGCCGGCGAUAUUAAAACCUCAACCGUCGCAUUGUCUAGGCUUUCCCUCAUUCCAAAACUCGACUCUGCCGGAUUCAACAACCUCAACUCAGAGUCGGCCUUCAAAGCCCAACUAACUACCCAAAAGGUGGCCCAUCUCACCAAGCUUCUCCCCUUUUGCAUUGUUUCGGACCGUAGGUACGAUUUUCCUCCGGCCCGAUACGGCGUGCCAGUGGCUGCGCUUUUCAGCCCAGGCCCGUUGAGUGGGGCAAAAUGCAGGCCGUGUAGUCCCGUGUGCCAGGGGAAGUGCGUGGAGAGUGUGAUGGAGUCACUGGACAAGCAGUGGAGUUGGACCCAUUGGGCCCAUGGGGCCCUUGAGCUGUGCGAUGCCCAUGAUAGAUGGGAGGCUGGUUGGGAAAAGAUAUUUGAUCGUGUUGUUGGAAAGAAACUUGCUGGUGAACGAAAGAGAGUUCGAUCUAUGGAUUUGGAAGAGUGCGUCGAAAGUUUCUUAAAAUUUAAAAAACGAACUGCCAUUUGGGAUGCCCCUUCGGUUAUACAGAUUUGUAAAUUGGGUUUGGAUUAGAACUUAAAACAGCUAUUUUUCCUUUUUUUUUUUCUACUUUCAUAGUUAUAGCUCCAUUCACAAUUUAGUAGAAUUAUUACUUUUAUCAAUUUUUUAGAAUCGGAUACACUAUCAAGGAAUAGACAAUGUGGUAUAUAGUCACCAAAAAAAAGACAAUGUGGUAUAUACAGUGAAUUUCUAUACUGUUAUUGUAGAUGCAUGUUUUAAUGAUCCAUUGUAAAUAGAUAAGCGGUCGUAUGUUUUUUAUUUGAA